GACACCAAUGGACUCAAAAAAGAAAAGAAUGUUUAUUUGAGUGUAGAUGAUGAUGCCAUCACAUUCAACGCCGAAUCUCCAGCAAACUGGCGGUCGUAAUUAUGAUAGUAAUAAUUUUGAUUUGAUCCAAGAAACGCAAACAGCAUCUUCAUUUUAUCCAUAUUUACAAAAUCAAGCAUCAGUUGACAAUUCAACAUCAAUAUUACGUGAUGAAUACGAUAGUGGUGGUUCAUCAUCUCCACCAGCACCCCCUGUUCGGGACGCAUCUAGCUUAAAGAGUAUUAAGUAUGGACCAGGGCAUGAAAAAUUUCCAUCAUGGCCGGUUGCAGCUGCAAUUGAAACACCACAAGUAUUACGUGGACCCCCGAGUGGUGGAUCUCAUCGAUCGAAAUCAUGGACAGAUCAUACCAAUUAUCCAAAAGAAAAAGUUAUGACGUACACUAGACCAUAUAUGAAGCGUCCAAAUUCGCAACAAAAAUUAAAAACUGUACUGGAACGUUGUGAAAAAAUUCAAUCAGAAACGUUUGAAUUAAAACACGGAACUGAAAUGGAUGUUGUAUAUAUGCCAAAAGUGGACAGAGAAGGGAAAGCAUUAGGUGAUUUAGAUUAUAUGGUGCCAUCUCCUCCUGAACGAGACCUGAACAAUAAAAAUAGCCAACAACUAAGUCAAAAAGAGUUAGAAGAAUAUGCACGGUCAUAUCAAGAUCAACAAGCGUAUCACGUUCAACAACUAACUCAAGCAGAUCUUGAAAAGUAUACUCGAUCAUACGAGGAUGCAUUAGUGGCGCCUCAACAUCAAAAACAACCUUCAUACGCGCAAUCAGAAGGAUACCAUAGUUAUGUAUCGAGUACUGAUUCUAUGUCCACACCAUUUCUAGAUCGGUUACGACGUGAUAGUGAAGCUGUUAUAAAUCGUACUUCAACAUUAGCAUCUUCUGAAGGUAAUACAAAUAGUUGGGACGAUUCCCCAGAACGUGAACGCGAGAAUGAUAUUAUUGUGAAAAAUUGUCGAGAAGGUCGUGAUAGUGUUGUAACAACAUCGUCAGGUAGUGCAUCUUCCAGUGAAACAUUAAAGUGGCAUGGAUCUAUAAGUGAUGUGUCGGUAGCUAGUAGUUCUUGUACACAUAAUAAUUCGUCAAGACAAUUGAUUGCACAUAGUGCUAGAGUUCAAACUCCUCAAAGACAUAAUUCAGAAAGUGUUUUAUAUAUCGGUCCACCUAGUGAAUAUAAAGGUUCAGACAAUUAUGAAAAUAAUAGUGGCGUUCCAUGGCGAGAACAUGAAAUUCGAAAUAAUCAGCAAAAUAAAUUAAAAUUAUUUGCAGUGAACACGUAUACGGUGCAACCGAAUGAACAAUCACAAAACAUUCCUAUGAAUUCGUCAUCUACGUCUUCAAGUCAACAUUCGCAACAAAAUUUUCAAAGAUCUAGUGGCCAAACGGCUAGUCAAUCAUCUCUAAGUGUAGCAGAUCGUGUUAGUGAAUUAGAACGACAUCAAACAAAGUAUACAUACCUGGAUCCAGACAAACGACACAAAGUCUCUGAUCCAACUUUAAAAGCAAUUCAGAAGAAAGCAUUGUUAUCUUUCUAUGAACGACAUCAUCAUCCAGGAACUCCUACGAAACAGAAUUCAACCUCUUGGCGAUCCGAACCACAACUUACACAACCGUAUCCAAAAACUCAAUCACCACCACCACAGCCUCCGCCAAGACCAAAAGCUCGACCAGCAUCUCGAAGAGCAUCGUCAGCAUCGGAUUAUUCGAAAACUUCAUGGCUGGAAUCUGUCAAAAAACGAAAUAAUGAAAUGAAAGAAUUUCCAGCCCGACAUCAGCAUAGUAACAGUUGCGGGUCUUUAUCAAAUGACUUGCUGGGACCGGUGAUAAUGGGUCCAUCUAUAUCAAUUGAUGAUUGGGUACCGGAAAGACCACCCAAAAAUCCACAUUUAAGGACUGCGUUUCCUGAUUUAUUUCAAGAACGACGUGUUUCAAGUCCUGAUUUACCACCUCCUUCUCCUCCAACAGUUCUAGAAACGGAGGUUAUAAAUAACGAUGAACCAUUUCCACCUCCGCCACCGGAAAUUGAAGUGGAAUCGUGGUCAGCCGUUGACCUUCCUAAUUUUGAUAAAUCAUUUCAAAAUCGCCAAAGAUCUGAACAAAAUUCCUAUAGAGUUGUUGAUGAUAGACAUUAUUCUGAAAAUAAUAUUCGACAUAACAAAUCUGAUGAUAGACAUUUUUCAGAUAGUCGGCAACCUACUUACAGCCCACCAAAAUGCCUUGAAAAUUCGAAUCUAUCAUCGCAAUUACAUCGAAAUAUUGCAGCUCGAAACUCAGAUAUACGAAUGUCAGAAAGACGACAUAAUCGUCCAAUAUCUGUUCAAUUAAAUACACCAGAACGGAAACACAUUCUAAAAUCUCCUCGUUCUAUGGAAGAUCAAAGUAUAGUAAAACGUUCACCGGCAUUUGUGCGAUCAACAUCAUAUGAAAAGGACUCAAUGGUAGGAUUUGCUACGCAUCGACAAAUUAAAUUUCCUUCAGAACGUGCAAGCAUGAGACACUCCUCCACACAAAAACUGAUAAUCAAUGGGAAAGUAUCAGUGGCAGUUAGUCAAAAAGUUCAUAACGAUCCUGCUAUAUCAGGCCAUUUUCGUGCUGAACCGCUGAGGCCACAUCAAGUAUUACGUUCGCAUGAUACAAAUCUGAGAAAUGAAUCAUCUAACUUACCAUCAUUAGAUCAAGAAAAUUUUCGACCUAGAACGCAAUCAUUUAUUGAAAAUAGUUCGCAAAAUAACGGUCCCCUUUUACAACCAAGAUUAUCAAAAACAUAUCAAAGUAUGCGGCAAAUUUCAUCCAACCAUCAUCAACAACAGGAAAAUAUUCCGUUACCAAAAUAUUAUUCACCAAAUGCUAAGAAAAGUGCUCUUAAAAAAGAAAAGAAUAACGAGGAAAUAUGCCAUGAAAAACAAUCAGCGAAUAACACUCCUUUAAAUCAAUCCAAAAGUUCUUCAUAUCUCUCAUAUCGGGGUAAUCGUGAACGAGAUCCACAAGAGACGGAAUAUGGCAGCUAUAAACGAAUAUUAUCACCUGGUAGUAACAAACCAUUGGAAUGUACGACAACAACCACAACCACGACAACAGAAUGUGAACGAGUUACAGAAAUUAAUAAAUGGUCAUCAAAUUAUAUUCAUAAAACUGCUAUGAUUUCAAUUGAAUCGACAACGGACACAAACGAAUCUCAAAUUGUUAAUCGUAAUAAUAACAAUAAUUUAUACCAUCGAUUAACUCAAAAUGAUAAAGAUUUACAAAUGAAACAAUGUGACUCGCGAAAUAAUCCACCGGAUACAUCAUCUUGUUCCCAUUCGGCAUGUAAUUUACCAGACGUAUUACCAGUUAGUGCUAAAAUAUCCCCUCCACAUACUUUGUCAAUAGCUAAACCAUCUAGUUAUCGAUCUAAUGAAUCACCAAAAUUGCAUACAUCACCAAGUCUUUCUCCUAAAUCUACUGCUCUAAAUACAUCACUACAAAGUUCCUCAUUAGUUUCACCUAUUUCUCCAAUUUCACCAAUAGGCUGUUCUUCUUUCGAAAAAAGAUUAUCGGUCUCUUCAACGUCUUCCACAACACCGUCUAUUUCCUUUCCACAAUCGGAUUUAAUACUCCCAAAAUCUCCGGUGUUAUCAUCUCCUGAAGUAACAUAUUCUUCAUCGUUAUUGGUGUCACCUGAUGAAACAGAGGAGCAGGCUUCCCCCGUUUCAUUAAAUAAAAAUACAAGCAGUGAAGAUGGUUCAACAAGCUUAGACACAAAUUCAAUCGAAUCAUCUGCUAUGUCUCAAGUAACAGAAGGAUUACAAUUAAUACAAAGGACGGAAGUUGUGCUUCGAGUAAAUGCUUGUACAACUGAUACUGCAUCACAAACUGAUCUACAACGUGAUACAGAAACUUCCUCGCCCACAGCAAACAUUCGAACUCCACUUCUACCGUCACGUUCUAAACUUCAAGAAGAAAUUGAUUGUGAUCAACUGUCAAGGGAUUUAGCAAAUCAACUCUCGCCAUCCGAUAAAUUGAAAGGUAUUUUAGCUCCAGCACCCGAACAAAAGAAAUCUACAGAUUAUGUAAGUGGUUUAUUUAAAUUAGAAGUAACACGUCCGCGUUCUACAACAAUUACGAAUAAUCGUAGCGUCGCCACGGAGACAUCAACGCCACAGAUGAAAGAGAAGAGGCCACAUGCUCAAAAAUUACUUUCUUCAACUUACACUGAAUGUUCUAGUCCUUUAUCACCCACAUCUACAUAUUUCACCACCUCUGAACCAAAAGCCAAAUUCUUAACACAAUAUAGUCGUGAUAUGGCGCAAUUUAGUAGGAUGCAAGACACCAAAGGUCUUAACCAAAAGAAGGAAGAACUUAUGUAUCGAUUAGAUAAGAAAUUGGAGGUAUUACGAAGUGAACAAUUAGCCGUGAAUGAAGAAAGUCAUGUGAAUGAAACUUUAGGAACGAAAGUAUCUGAUCAUAUCACACGUGUAGCAAGACCACAAGAAAUAGCUAAAUAUCGAUUACACGUUGAAGAAGUUGGAAAAAUUACUAGUCUACUUUUGGGUCUUUCAGGACGUCUUGCUAGAGCAGAAAACGCUUUAAUGGGAUUACCAUCUGAUCAUUUAGAAAGGAAAAUUUUAGAAAAUAAAAGAGAUAAAUUACAAGAUCAAUUAGAAGAAGCGAAAAAAUUAAAAGAAAAUAUUGAUAAACGUAGUAUCAAUGUAUCAAAUAUUUUACAUAAGUACUUAAACGAUGAAGAGUAUGGCGAUUAUGAUCAUUUCAUUAAUAUGAAAGCAAAAUUAAUAAUGGAUGCUCGUGAAAUUGCUGAUAAAAUAAAAUUAGGCGAAGAACAAUUAACAGCAUUACGCGAAACUUUAAAUAUUAAGGUUGAUUAAUAAAUUUUACAUCUAAUUAUUUCUUCUUUUUUUUUUUAA